AAUGGAUUGGGAAAAAGACUUCUAUGAAUUUUUAAUGGAAAUUAUUUGUAAAUAGAAUUCAAUAAGAUUGCAAAUGGCAAGCAAUGAUAUAGUUAAUGCAAUGUAAAAGCUUCCUCCAAAGCAUCCAGUGAAUAUGCAUAGAAAAUAAUAUGGAAACCUUUAAUAGUGUUUUAAAGCAAAAAAAAAUCCAUUUUUCAGUUACACAGACAACUUAGUUGUUUUAUUACCAAAGGAUAAGAUGGAUUAAUUGAAUUAACAUGGAGUAUGUAUUAUUAAUUACUAAUAAUAAUUAGCUGGUUCCAUUAUAUUAGUUGUAUGUUCAAACUUAUGAAAAUGUACAAAAGAAAUUGAUUGAAAUAAUGAAAAUAAACAAGGAGAAUCAAUGUUAAGUUUGUGGAGUUGUCUAUAAAGUAUUGAUAAAUAGAUAAGGGAUGUGUGGAGAAGAAGAAGAUCAGAAGGCUCAUGUUCCAAUGCAUUAAUUUAAUAUAUUAUGAAUAAUAAUAAAUUGAUUAUAUUCGGUGAACAAAGUGAAAAGAAUAAAAAGAAGUUACAAUAGUUUCUUAUAACUCAUGAUAUUCAAAUUAAUAAAGAAACUCUAGAAGCAGUUGUCAAAAUCAAAAUGGAAAAAAAUGACAAUGAAUAUCUCAAAUAAAUAUAAAACAAAAUAUAGUACUAUUAGAAAUAGUUGGCAAGUUUAUAAUAAUUUAAAGGAAUCAAUUAUGAAUUGAAAUAGAAAUAAAAGGAAAAGUAUUAAAGUCAAAUAGAUGAAUUACAUAACAUAGAGGAAAUUUGCUAACGAUCAGAUAAAUUUUCUGAAUAGUUGAAAAGCCUCUUUUAUGUAUGUUUACAUUAUCAUUAUUUGCAAAACAUAUUUGUUUCUUAAGAAAUAAAGUUAGAAGAAAUUUUAGAAAUAUUUAAAAUGGUCUUUUUCAAUUUACAAACUACUACAAAUAAAGAUUAAAAAGUACUAUAGUUUUGUGUAUAACAUUAUAAAUCUUUAUAAAAGAGUAAAGAAUAAUCAACUCAUUCUAAAAAUUUAUCAAUAGAUACAAAAUCAUAAACCUCAGGAUAUUCUAGAGGAGGUGUUGAAAAUAAAACACCUUCAAGAAGUACAACACCAAAAAGAUAAUAAAUCUGCAAUAAAAGCAUAGUUGAAUUGUCAACUCCCUAAUUAAAGAAUUAUUAUACUUAGAUGUUAAAAAAAAUCAAUAUAAAUAAUUAAACACCUUCAAUUGACAAAAUUACUUCUAUUCAAAAAGAGAAGGACAAAACCAAUUUUAGAGUUUGA